GUUUAGGCAUUAAUUAAUCUUCUUGUUUUUUUAGUAAGUUUUAUAAUAAGGUCCAUAUUGCUACGAUAAUUGGGCUUGUUCUUCAUAGUUAAGAAAAACUGAAAAACAAUGAUUUAUAUUUGCUUUAUUACCCCUCCCAAGUCCCAACUAAAAAACUUUACUAUGUAAAUAUAUAUUUGUAUAUAUUUAUAUGGUAACUAAUUUCUAUAAGUGUGUAAGAUUUAGAUACAGUAAAUAAAUUUAAAAGAUACAGUAAAUAUCUCGUCUUAUUUACAGUCUUGUAUCGUUUUGUUUGUUUUGGAAAAUAGAUUGAUUAGAUUUUGAUUGAUAGAUUUCGUUAAUUCGUCUAAUUUAAGAUUUGACAUCUUAAAUUUUAAGAACAAAAAACAAACGACGAUUUAAUUGCCAGUGGUGGAUGAAACUCGUCAAAAUGCUUAUUGAGUUCCUUUUAUUAUGAAGUACUGAUGUAUCAAUAUACUAUCCACUUGUUAAAAUAGCGUACAUUAAUGCAUUUGGAUUUUCAUAUUCCCUAUUGGAAAAGAAAAAACGUGUUUUCCCAUACUUAAUACCAUAAGUAAAUCAUAAUACUAGAUGGCUUUAAAUUACCACUUUUUAAGGGAUAUAUAUAAUAAUAGAUCUUUUUCACUACGGUUGUUAUCAUAUUAACAUCUCACUGUUAGAUCAUUCUUAAAGGCUCGCUUCAUCUUCCUACCGAGGAAAGGUAAUGAUGUUUGCCAAGAAAACAGAACAGAAGUUCGGAUGCUAUUGUAAUGUUUUUGCUGUUUGGUCUCGUUCUUCAAGAUGGCAAAAAGCUUCAAAGUGCAAACUCCAUAUCCAGAAUCUGCUAUGUUCUGUCAAGGUGCAACGAACACGAACAGAGUGUAUGGUUAGACAGUCCCGGUCCGAUAUUGCUCAACUCGCUCCUUACGGCCGAUUUCGUGAAGCACUUCCUAAGGCGAAGCAGUUCUAUGAAGAUGAGAGAAGGCUAUUAGCUUACGAUCAGGUCAAGUACUUCUGCACAUCUAUAUUGCAGAGUUUUUCUCCUCUACUUAAUCAAAACGAUGUUCAUCUCUUACCGGAUGAAACAAAAGAAGCAAUGGCCGGACUGAUAUUUGCCGCAUCAAGAAUUGGGGAGCUUAAGGAGCUACAAAUCAUAAGGAGCUUGUUCGUUCAAAGAUUUGGGCAGAAGUUUGACAAAGAUUGCGUAGAUUUGCGUCCAGGGAACCUAGUGAGCUCGGAGAUAGUUAAGAUUCUAGACACGACUCUGCCGCAAGAUGCAAUUACUCCAGAGAUCAUAAUGGCAAUUUCACAAAAGUACCAAACCGACUUCAUUACUUUCGUGGGUUCAGCUUCACUUAAUAAUCUUGGCAAUGCUGAUUCUGAUACGCUUGCAAGGAGAGAGAAAGCCACGAAGGAGAAUCCAAAGUGUCUGCAUACAGAUCGUGGAGAGUCUCAAGAAAGAGAUCGGUCAAAGUUCAUGAGAUAAAAGUUUGAUUGUGAUUGUGGUUUUGCUUUGAUGUUUCCACUAAAACUCAUGUAUUGUUGAUAGUAAAACUACUAAAAGAACAAAAAUAAUCUUUUUAUUUUUAAUUAGUUUUAGAAUUUAGUAUGUUUUGUCUUGCUUAACUUAUCUGGUGAUAUCAUACAUUGUUUAUAUUUAGAUUCAUCUUUUGUUCUUAUAGCGAGUGAAACUAUUGAACUGAAAGAUUUCUUUGAGUCCCGAUACAAUUUGCGGCUAUUGUUGAUUAAUUCCAACAAUAAGAAACCAUGUAAGUUUCUAAAAGAAAAAUAAUAUUAGUAAUAUAAUUAUUAAACUAUUUUUGAUUUUUUCUAAGCCAACAGAAUCACUAAUUUUUCCGUACAUGGUGACACGUGUCUUCUAGUUUUGUAAAACCUCUAGGACUAAAAUUAUUGGUCUUUUUUCUAUUUAUUUCAUUAUUUUUUUUCUUAAAUAUUUAGAUCAUCUUCAAAUCUUCAAUGGGAUUCUAUUUUUUCUUUUAUAAUUUACACAAAAAUAGAAUAACUCUAUUAUAGUGUAACUUUUGUUCUAAUGGUGUUACUCUAUAAUAAAGUAAAAUAUAGAGAAAUAUCACUUUUUCACUCCAAAUAUAGAGUAAAAUAUGACAUUUCUCUAUAUUACACUCUAUAAUAGAGUAACUCUAUUAUAGAGUAACACCAUUGGAGCAAAAUUUACACUAUAAUAGAGUUACUCUAUUUUUUGUGUAAAUUAUAGAGGAAAAAAUAGAGUUUCAUUGGAGAUGCUCUUAGAACCCCUCUUAAUACUCAUUGUUGAACCUCCUCUAAAAAGAUUGAUGAUCCGGUGUGUAUAUACUGAAACAUAUCUACUAUAUAUUAAUCAUGAAUCAUUACAACAUGUUUUCAUAGACAUGUGUCAUCAUUAGAAUGAUUCUUAAAAUCCGUAAAACAAUAAAUUAGUCCAUAUACAUAUAUAUUCUACUUUUUAUUAAACAACUAUCGUAUUGUUUAGUAGUAUACAAAAAAAUUAUUUAUAAUUAUUUUCUUAAAUAAAAACUACAAAAUUACAUAAUAUGAUUAACAUAUGACAAUUAAUGAUUAUGAAUAAUAUGUAUUUGAUAACAGUUUUUGUAUCCUCUAUUUUUUUUGUUUAAUUUUAUAUUAUUAAAAGAAAUUAAAAAUUAUAUUAAGCAUAUAAUAAUAAAUUAGAUUUUUCUUAUAUGUUAUAUUUUGAUUUUUUAAACGACUAUAAAUUACAAAAUGGUAAAAGUUUCACAUUGAAAAUUUUGUGAUCAAUGCUUUAACAUUUUUUAUUGUUCAAGCAAGAUACAAAUGAUCAUAAGUCGUAUGAAUAUGAAGUCUC